AGCGCGGCCCCGCGGGCGGGAGGCGCCGCGGCCCUGAAACGGGAAGGAAGCGGCGGCCGCAGCGGUCUCGCCGCUCUUCCGCUUGCGGUUUCGGGGGAGCGCGGGCGAGGCUUCCCCGGCCCGAGGCGCGAGCGAGGGCGGGGAUCGCAGGAGACGGAAUCAUUCCCAAAUGCCUGGAAAUUCCUCAUUGGAUUACUGUGUUUUAAGCAGAGUUUUGUGAAUAGCUUUUUAUCUUCAACUGUAAAAAAAGAUGUGGAAAGCUUCGGCAGGCCAUGUGGUGUCCAUCACCCAAGAUGACGGGGAAGCUGAUGAUUGGGAGACUGACCCGGAUUUUGUGAAUGAUGUGAGUGAGAAAGAACAAAGAUGGGGCGCAAAAACUGUGCAAGGCUCCGGGCACCAGGAGCACAUCAACAUACACAAGCUGAGAGAGAAUGUUUUCCAAGAACAUCAGACUCUUAAAGAAAAGGAACUCGAAACAGGACCAAAAGCCUCCCAUGGGUAUGGAGGGAAGUUUGGUGUGGAACAGGACAGAAUGGAUAAGUCAGCUGUCGGCCAUGAGUACCAGUCGAAACUUUCCAAGCACUGCUCACAAGUUGACUCUGUCCGGGGAUUUGGAGGCAAGUUUGGUGUCCAGAUGGACAGAGUUGAUCAGUCUGCUGUAGGCUUUGAAUACCAGGGGAAGACGGAGAAGCACGCCUCCCAGAAAGACUACUCAAGUGGCUUUGGUGGCAAAUACGGUGUGCAGGCUGACCGGGUGGACAAGAGCGCUGUGGGCUUCGACUACCAGGGCAAGACUGAGAAGCACGAGUCACAAAGAGAUUACUCCAAAGGUUUUGGUGGGAAAUACGGUGUUGACAAGGACAAAGUGGACAAGAGCGCGGUUGGCUUUGAGUAUCAAGGCAAGACCGAGAAGCACGAGUCCCAGAAAGACUAUGUGAAAGGGUUUGGAGGAAAAUUUGGUGUGCAGACAGACAGACAAGACAAGUGUGCCCUUGGCUGGGAUCACCAGGAGAAAUUACAGUUGCACGAAUCCCAAAAAGAUUAUAAGACUGGUUUCGGAGGCAGAUUCGGUGUUCAGUCCGAGAGGCAGGACUCCUCUGCCGUGGGGUUCGAUUACAAGGAGAAGCUGGCCAAGCACGAGUCCCAGCAAGACUACUCCAAAGGAUUUGGGGGAAAAUAUGGGGUGCAGAAGGAUCGGAUGGACAAGAAUGCAUCAACCUUUGAAGAUGUUACCAAGGUGUCCCCUGCUUACCAAAAGACGGUACCUGUUGAAGCUGUGACCAGUAAAACAAGUAACAUCAGAGCUAACUUUGAAAACCUCGCUAAGGAGAAGGAACAGGAGGACAGACGGAAGGCAGAAGCUGAGAGGGCCCAGCGGAUGGCUAAGGAGAGGCAGGAGCAGGGGGAGGCCCGGCGGAAGAUGGAGGAGCAAGCCAGAGCCAAGACCCAAGCCCCUCCUGCGUCCCCCACCCCACAGCCUGCUGCGGAGAGGCGGUCUCCCAGCCCCGUCUAUGAGGAUGCAGCUCCAUUCCAGGCGGAGCCAAGCUACGGAGGCCCCGUGCGUGUGAGUGAGCUGGAGCCUACCUAUAGCGUGGAAGCUACUGACUACCAAGAGGCGGGCAGCCAGCAGGGCCUGGCCUAUGCCCCUGAGGCCGUCUACGAAAGCACAGAGACCCCAGGCCACUAUCCAGCAGAGGAGACAACCUACGACGACUAUGAGAACGACCUGGGGAUCACAGCCAUCGCGCUCUACGACUACCAGGCUGCGGGCGAUGAUGAAAUUUCAUUUGACCCUGACGACAUCAUCACCAACAUUGAGAUGAUUGAUGACGGCUGGUGGCGUGGGGUUUGCAAGGGCAGGUACGGGCUCUUCCCUGCCAACUACGUGGAGCUGCGGCAGUAGGGUGGCUGUGCCACGGAUCUCACACUACACAUCAGGCCUUUGCUGGUUCUUGGGUUUGGGUUGGUUUUUCUUUUUGUUUGUUUUAUUUUUUGAUGAUGGGAAGGGGAGUAUACAUAUUGCUUUUAUAUUUAAUACUUUUGCUGAUGCUUUUGAAGAUGUUUAUGCCACAGAAUUUGCUAAUAUAUUGUAAUCAUGUUCCUUAGGAAGACUUUGGUAAUUGUUUUUAUGCAUUUAUGGUAUUUUUUUUUUUUUUUUUUUUUGCCAAAUUGACUGUCACAUGCAGCCACUUCAGGGACUCUUGAGGUCUUUAGUUCUUUUGAGGUCAGUAGUGCAUGUCCUCGUGGGCACCUGCCAUUCCCCAGGACAAACAAGAGCUCUUUCGGGUCAGCAUCUGCAGCUGUCAGGCAGGAUGACCCUCCUGGUGGAAGGGAGGGCAGGGCCUAUGGACAUUAGAAGGGAAGGAAGGCCCCUCGCGGGUCGUACUGUGGCAGCCCAGAGUACUGACUGCUUUAACAAAGGUCCCUCCUUAGCUAGUCAUUGUAUCUGCCCCUACCCCACACCCACGUCCACGUCCCCAGGAGGGGGCCCUGCUCCUGCCCUGCUUCCCAGUGGGGCUGAGUCUUCAGAUAUUCCCCUCCCUUGGCCAUCUCCCGACCACAGCCCACAGUGACAGGCUCCAGGGCCUUACUGAAGAGGUUGAGGUUCGUGUUGGGCUUGGCUUGCCAGCACGAGGCUCACGCCUUGACUGAUUUGGACGAUCUUGGCCCCUGUGUGUCUGUUGUAUGGCGAACAA